CGGCGUGCCCCGGGGCGGCGCGGGCGCAGCGGCGCGUGCGCGGCGGGCGGCCGUUGGCUGGGGCGGCGGCUGCGCGGUCGCGGCGCGGUGAGGUCUGCGGGCGCUGGCAAAUCGGGCCCAGGAUGUAGAGCUGGCGGUGCCUGACGGCGCGUCUGACGCGGAGCUGGGUGGGGUAGAGAGUAGGGGGCGGUAGUCGGGGGUGGUGGGAGAAGGAGGAGGCGGCGGCGAAUCACUUAUAAAUGGCGCCGAAGCAGGACCCGAAGCCCAAAUUCCAGGAGGGUGAGCGAGUGCUGUGCUUUCAUGGGCCUCUUCUUUAUGAAGCAAAGUGUGUAAAGGUUGCCAUAAAGGACAAACAAGUGAAAUACUUUAUACAUUACAGUGGUUGGAAUAAAAAAAGUGCUGUGAGGCCCAGGCGCUCUGAAAAAACUUUGAAGACACGUGAGGAUAUUGUAGCCCUUUUUCCUGUUCCUGAAGGAGCUCCCUCAGUACACCACCCCCUCCUGACCUCUAGUUGGGAUGAAUGGGUUCCAGAAAGCAGAGUACUCAAAUACGUGGAUACCAAUCUGCAGAAACAGCGAGAACUCCAAAAAGCCAAUCAGGAGCAGUAUGCAGAGGGGAAGAUGAGAGGGGCUGCCCCAGGAAAGAAGACAUCUGGUCUGCAACAGAAAAAUGUUGAAGUGAAAACCAAAAAGAACAAACAGAAAACACCUGGAAAUGGGGACGGUGGCAGCACCAGUGAGACCCCUCCGCCUCCUCGCAAGAAAAGGGCCCGCGUGGAUCCCACUGUGGAGAAUGAGGAAACAUUCAUGAACAGAGUUGAAGUGAAAGUGAAGAUUCCUGAAGAGCUAAAACCAUGGCUUGUCGAUGAUUGGGACUUAAUUACCCGACAAAAACAGCUUUUUUAUCUUCCUGCCAAGAAGAAUGUGGAUUCCAUUCUAGAGGAUUAUGCAAAUUACAAGAAAUCUCGAGGAAACACAGAUAAUAAGGAGUAUGCUGUUAAUGAGGUGGUGGCAGGAAUAAAGGAAUACUUCAAUGUGAUGUUGGGCACUCAGCUACUCUACAAAUUUGAGAGACCACAGUAUGCGGAGAUCCUAGCGGAUCACCCGGAUGCACCCAUGUCCCAGGUGUAUGGAGCACCACAUCUACUGAGAUUAUUUGUACGAAUCGGAGCGAUGUUGGCCUAUACUCCUCUGGAUGAGAAAAGCCUUGCAUUGUUGCUAAAUUAUCUUCAUGAUUUCCUAAAAUACCUGGCAAAGAAUUCGGCAACCUUGUUUAGUGCCAGCGAUUAUGAAGUGGCUCCUCCUGAGUACCAUCGGAAGGCUGUGUGAGGCGAGGUGCCGGCCCUCACUUUGUUUGGAUCUCUGUAAACACAUUUUUGUUUAGUCCUUCUCUUGUACAAAUGAUGUACUUUGAAAAUGUUAGUGUAUAACAGUUGAUGUUUGUUUUCUGUUUGAUCUUAAACAGAGAAAAUAAAAGGGGUUACAGCUCCUUUUUUCUUUUCUUUUUUUUUUUUUUUCAUUUCAAAGUUGCUACCAGUGUAUUCAGUGAUGGACAACGGAGAGACAUACUGUAGACUGUUCUAUUGCCUAGUCGACAAAGCUGCUUUGAAUGCUGGUGGUUCUAUUCCUUUGACACUACGCACUUUUAUAAUAUGUGUUAAUGCUCUAUGACAAAUGCUCUGAUUCCUAGUGCCAAAGGUUCAAUUCAGUGUAUAUAACUGAACACGCUCAUCCGUUUGUGCUCCUUUUUUUUUUGUUUGUUUUUUUAAUGGUGCUUAAAGUAAAGAGCCCAUCCUUUGCAGGCCAUCCAUGUUGUUCCUUAGGCAUUUUAUCUAUGCUCAGAUUGUUGAAGAAUGGUGGCUUGUUUCAUGGUUUUUGUAUUUGUGUCUAAUGCACGUUUUAACAUAAUAGACGCAAUGCAUUGUGUAGCUACAGUUUUCUGGAGAAGUCAAUCUUUUAGGAAUUGUUUUUCAGAUCUUCAAUAAAUUUUUUCUUUAAAUUUCAAA